AUGAAUGCGGUUAACAACAAACAAGGUGGUGUCUUUUUCCUUUAUGGUUACGGAGGAACCGGAAUAACAUUUUUUUGGAAGACCUUGUCAACUGCUAUUAGAUCCAAAGGUGAAAUUGUUAUCAAUGUUGCUUCAAGUGGAAUUGCAACACCCUUGCUUUCUGUCGGUAGGACAACGCAUUCAAGAUUUAUUAUCCCAAUUAACUUGACCAAGGAUUCAUUUUGUUCUAUCUCGCCAGCCAGCGAUCUUGCUGCACUACUAAACAAAGCGAGACUUAUCAUUUGGGAUGAAGCUUUGAUGAUGCACCGUCAUUGUUUUGAAGCAUUUGAUAGGACACUUAGAGACAUUAUCCGUUCAUCUGACAGGAAUAAUGCAUUUGGUGGCAAGACCAUUGUAUUUGGAGGUGACUUUAGACAAAUUCUUCCAGUAAUACAAAGAGGGAAUUGUUCGGAUAUUAUGCAGGCAUCGUUGCAUUCAUCAAGAUUAUGGAGUGGAUGUAUAGUUUUACGUUUAAUGGUAAACAUGAGGCUUCAGGUUGGUUGUCCAACUAAUGAUUUGGAUGAGACAAAAGCAUUUUUUGAAUGGAUUCUUAAAAUUGGUGAAGGUAAUAUUGGUGGUCCUAAUGAUGGUGAAGCAGAAGUUGAAUUUCCAGAAGAUGUUAUCAUUUGCUCUACAAGUGACCAUAUUCAAUCAAUUGUAUCGACCAUUUAUCCAUAUUUUCAAAACCAUCUUGAUGAUCAAUCAUAUUUUCAAGAUAAGGAUAUUUUGGUCCCUAAAAAUGAAGAAGUCGAUGCUAUCAAUGACUACAUGUUAGAAUUGAUGAAAGAUGAAGGGAAAACUUAUCUGAGUUCAGAUUCUUUAUGUGAGACAGAGUCAGCAGAUUGUUUUGAGGAAUCAGUUUACUCUUCAGAUGUACUGAAUGCUUUUAAGGCAUCUAGAAUUCUCAACCAUAAACUUACACUAAAAACAGGUUCUGGUUCGUAA